GUGCAGUGAGAAAUGUGUUUUAUUGACUGUGUAAAUACAUUUUCCUCUUUCUGUCUUCCUCCCAGGUCUGCCAGGCAUGCCAGGGGAAUAUGUACCUCAGAGCGGUCCUAUGGGCAUGAGCAUGGCCCCAACCACUUACACCAACCCUCAUCAGAUGACCUCUCACCCUUCCCAUCUCCGACACGGACCCCCUCUCCACGCGUACCUUCCCGAUCACCACCACACCCGCCAUCCUCACCACCCUCAUCAUGCCAUGCUGAUGCACGGAGGACCCUCGUCGCACCCAGGAAUGACCAUGUCUGCACAGAGAACCCCCUUGCUCACUCCUAUUGACCCCAGUACUGGAGGACAAGGCCUGGACAUCCAUGCCCAAUAGUAUAAGGGAACUUUGCUACCAAGACAACAGCAGCUACUACAAGAAAACAGUUAAAAAGAAAGCAGCAGCCCACAAUAAAUCCUAUUUUGAGACUAUUUUUAAGAAUAAAAAGUGAAGCCUUUUGACCAGAAUUUGACACUAA